GCCACUUAAUACACCAGAGAUUAUUGCUCUGACACAGACAUGGCUUCUGUUAAACAAGUUUGUCUUUUACUAUUCCUACCUCUCUUGCUUUGUUCUUCCUUCAUUGAGAGGUCUCACGCUGCAGGAAUCGCCACCUACUGGGGCCAACACGGCGAGGAAGGCCACCUCGUCGACGCCUGCAACACCGGAAAGUACCAAUUCAUUAACAUAGCCUUCUUGUCAACCUUCGGUGGUGGCCAAACGCCGAAACUUAACCUCGGCAGCCACUGUGAUCCCGACAGCAACACCUGCACCGUCUUUAGCUCAGAGAUUAAAACUUGCCAAGCCAAUGGCAUCAAAGUGCUUCUCUCCCUCGGCGGUGCCACCGGAGGCUACUCUCUGAGCUCUGCCGAUGACGCCGGCCAGGUUGCUCAAUAUCUAUGGGACCACUUCCUCAAAGGAAGUUCCGACUCACGGCCCUUGGGCGACGCCGUUUUGGACGGCAUCGACUUCGACAUCGAGACGGGGGAUGGGCAGCACUGGGACGAGCUGGCUAGAGCUUUGAAGAAUUUUGACCAACAACUGAUUCUCUCGGCGGCACCGCAAUGUCCGAUAACCCCACAAAUCUAUUAUUUGGACUCUGCGAUCAAAACAGGGUUGUUCACUUAUAUUUGGGUUCAAUUCUACAACAACGAUCAAUGCCACUACAAUGGAAACACUAACAACCUUUUGACAGCUUGGAACCAGUGGACCGCCGUGCAGGCCGAUCAGGUGUUCUUGGGGGUUCCAGCAUCGGUGGACGCUGCCGGAAGUGGGUUUAUUCCAACGGACGUGAUGAUUUUUCAGGUUCUUCCGGCGAUCAAGCAGUCGUCCAAGUACGGCGGAGUCAUGAUCUGGGACAGGUCCUUCGAUCUCAAAAGUGGAUAUAGCGACGCCAUUAAGGCUUCAAUAUAAGCGUUUAUCUGUGUACCUGAGUUCGAAUUGGAGACUUCUAAUUAAGAAGGAUCAAUAGGUUGAUCCAAAUCCAGUGAUACCGUUUACUUUAUGAUAUGUGGGAGAUUGGUAGUGUUUGUUUCUACGGAUAUAUUAUGAGUGAAAUAAACUUAACUUUCGCAUGUAACAGAUGAAUUUGAAAUAAAUAAUAAAAUAUAAAGAGUUUCAAUUUCGA